GAUCCAUGUCUGACCCUCUGCUCUGAUGCAGGAGGCACAUGUUCAGAUGCAGAGCACAAGCUCUUCUCUGUGAUAUUCUCCAACUACAACCAGUACAUACGGCCGGUGGAAAAUGUGUCAGACCCAGUCAUUGUACAGUUCGAGGUGUCCAUGUCACAGCUGGUCAAAGUGGAUGAAGUCAAUCAGAUCAUGGAGACAAAUCUGUGGCUGAGACAUAUCUGGAAUGACUACAAACUCAGAUGGAAUCCAAAAGAUUUUGGAGGCGUUGAGUUCAUUCGAGUACCGUCCAACAGGAUAUGGAAGCCAGACAUUGUGCUGUACAACAAUGCAGUUGGAGAUUUCCAGGUCGAUGACAAGACAAAGGCCCUGCUUCGUUACAAUGGUGACGUUACCUGGAUCCCUCCUGCCAUAUUCAAGAGCUCCUGCAAGAUUGACGUCACCUACUUCCCCUUCGACUACCAAAACUGCACCAUGAAGUUCGGCUCCUGGACUUAUGACAAGGCCAAGAUUGAUCUGGUGCUGAUUGGCUCAACCAUCAAUCUCAAGGACUUCUGGGAGAGUGGCGAGUGGAUGAUCAUUGAUGCCCCUGGUUACAAGCACGACAUCAAAUACAACUGCUGUGAGGAGAUAUACACGGAUAUCACUUACUCUUUGUACAUCCGCCGUCUGCCUCUUUUCUACACCAUCAACAUGAUCAUCCCUUGCCUCCUCAUCUCCUUCCUUACUGUGCUCGUCUUCUACCUGCCAUCUGAUUGCGGGGAGAAAGUCACUCUGUGUAUCUCUGUCCUGCUGUCUUUAACUGUCUUCCUCCUUGUCAUAACAGAGACCAUCCCAUCCACCUCGCUAGUCAUCCCCCUUAUUGGGGAGUACCUCCUCUUCACCAUGAUCUUUGUCACCCUCUCCAUCGUCAUCACUGUUUUUGUGUUGAACGUCCACUACCGCACACCAAAGACACACACGAUGCCCUGCUGGGUGCGGAGUGUGUUCCUGGGGCUGCUCCCCAGGGUGAUGUUCAUGACCAGACCAGAUCGGGACCCCGAGAAGGUGACAGUGGCUGACACUGUUCAGAUGAUGCAUUCGAGGUCCUGUGCCAUUCAUUCAUCAGGUUCUCUGCAAAAGCAGCACAAACCUCAGGCCUUGGCUUCCAGCAUGGUGUCCAGCCUUACGAACCGUCAGCGGCUUUUCAACAACACAGAGCUCUCCAAUCUCAAUAACUUAAGUGAAGAGUCAGCCAAAGGCAUGGGCUCUGGGUUCCUGUGCCGCGAGGGUCGUUGCAACUGCUGCUGGCACCAGAGAUCCAGCAAACUGCCUGCAGACUCUGGGGGAGGCAGUGGAGGACUGGGCAGCCUCGGGGCCUUGACUGGAGGCAGUGCUGUUGGGGUUGGAGGGGAAAGUCAGUGCUCCAGCUCUGAGUCUCUGGAUGUAGGAAUAAUGUCUCUGUUGCCACUCUCUCCUGAGGUCAGGGAGGCUAUCGAGAGUGUCAAAUACAUUGCAGAGAACAUGAGACUACAGAAUGAAGCAAAGGAGGUUCAGGAUGACUGGAAGUAUGUUGCCAUGGUUAUCGACAGGAUCUUCCUCUGGGUAUUUGUCCUCGUGUGUAUCCUGGGAACAGCUGGCCUCUUCCUCCAGCCUCUAUUACUAGGGGAGGACAUAUGAAUCAGUUUGACAAAACUAAUAUUCCAGACUGUUGAUCAGCACAACAUUCGUUACAAAUUCUCACCAUGGCUCAGAGAGAGAAAAUAUCGAGUGAAUCCAAAGUCAAGAAGGAAAGAUGAUGAAGAUGAAGAUGGUGUCUGGCAAAUGUUGAUUCAAAGGGUUCAGUGUUGUUGUUUUUUCAGAGAUAGAUAUUUUGUUUGUUUGUUUGUUUGCCAGAAUUUAAGGAUUCUACAGUGCUG